AUGAUUCAACUGAAUACUAUUGAUGAAUUUAAACGUAAUUAUCAUCCAGAAAAAGCAAUUUGGUGGUAUACACGUGAGUGCUUCAUUUAUGAAUUGCUCAAUCAAGCACUUCGGACAUUAGAUGCAGAUACAAUAAUCAAUAUGGGAUUUUUUAUUCAUGACCUUCAUCAACAAAUAAAUCAAUUAUAUCAACGGCAACUUUCAAAUUAUUGUGGUAAGCCUUUUACAGUUUAUCGAGGACAAGGUUUGCUAAAAACCAAUUUCGACAAACUCAAAAACUCAAACGGUGGUCUCAUGUCUUUUAACAAUUUUUUAUCCACUAGCAGGAUACCAGGUGUUUCUCUCGUUUUCGCCGAGAGUGCCUCAGUAAAAACAAAUAUGAUCGGAAUACUUUUUAUAAUGACUAUUGAUCCUUGUGUUUCAUCAACACCAUUUGCCUCCAUUCACGAGGUUAGUUGUUUUGAGACAGAAGAAGAAAUUCUCUUCUCCAUGCACACUGUAUUUCGAGUAGGCACAAUUAAACAAAUAGGCAGUAAUGAUCGACUUUAUAAGGUUGAACUUCAACUCACUGCUAAUGAUGACGAACAACUUCGACAACUGACAAAAUGUAUAAGUGGAGAGGCUCAAGGUGACACCGGGUGGGAACGAUUAGGUAGUUUAUUACUCAAAACAGGUCAUUUCAAUAAAGCUGAAGAACUCUAUCAAGUACUUCUUGAACAGAUAUCGAGCGACCGCGACAAAGCACUUUAUUAUAAUCAGCUUGGAUAUAUCCAAGAUCAUCAAUGUGAUUAUGAAAAGGCUAUUGAGUAUUACGAAAAAGCACUUCAAAACCAAGAAACAACUCUUCCUAAAAAUCAUCCUUCGUUCGCUACCUCCUACAACAACAUUGGUACUGUGUAUUAUAACAUGGGACAGUACUCGAAAGCACUUUCGUUUCAGGAAAAAGCACUUGGAACCUGG